UGUCUGAGGUACUUAGUCUAUUGAACACUGUACAACAAUGAGUGUAGCUGGAGGCUUUACUAAACCGAGGCCAGCUACUGCUGAAGAUCAAGCUGUCGCUGACAAGGUUAAAGAUCAGUUUGUGACAAAGUCUGGGACACACCCCAGUAAAUUUAAGGUGCACAGUGUCAUUACCCAGGUUGUUGCUGGCAUGAAUUACUGGAUGGAGGUUGACGUUGGAAAUAACGCUUAUGUCCACCUUCAUGUGUAUGAACCUCUGCCUGGUGUAGAUGAUAAACCAAAGUUGGAGUCUUACAAGCUGAAUAAGAAAAAAGGAGAUAAACUCGGGGAUUGCUAAAUUGUAUUUGAGAGGACGCAGUGGAUGAUAUUCCGGGGAAUCCUUCUGUAUCCAACUCUGUCCUGUCGUCAUCAUCAUCAUCAUCAUCAUCAUCAUCAUCAUCAUCUCCCCUCUCUAUCGUUCUCUCCAAUCCCUUCCUCUUACCAUGGUGUCCCGGGAACUCCAAUAUAUAUCCGAUACGUCUCCUUGUAUUUUCAAUGUUAAUCCUUGAAUAAAAUCUUUUGUUGUUA